AUGUCAUCUCGUGUGAUGAAAAACCUCCUCGCCAUGCUUGAGGCAGAAGAAGCCGAAGCAUGGAAAUCCAGCAACCUUGGUACUGCUACCGCAUUUAACUACCAUGAUACUGCUAGUGCUAACCCAUAUAACAACCAUGGUACUGCUAACGCAUUUAACAACUAUGAUACUGCUAGUGCUAACCCAUAUACCAACCAUGGUACUGCUAACGCAUUUAACAACCAUGGCUGGAACCAAAAUUUCUCCAGUGCCAGAAUCAACAGCGGUGCGAAUUCUUGGGACAGAAAGAAAUACCGCACCACCCACAACGUUGGUGGUCGCACCGUUAACAACAGUGGUACUUUCCAUGGUAAUGGCAAUGGAGGGUAUACUGAGCGUAACUCUGAAGUAUCCACAAUUAACUAUUACAAAUAG